GCCAAACAUCGAUAUAUUCAUUAGUCAUUUUUUACACAAAAGCAAAAGAAAAAAGGUGCAAGUGAUUAUUCAGCAAUUUUAUUGCAGUAUUUCGAUUUAACUAAUGCAAAUUACAAAAAUUUCGAGUCACAUUAAAUCGUCAGCAUCGUGUUGGCAGCUGCCUAAUUAGGGAAAAUAUAAGAAUAUACGGGAUUCUGUAUGUGUGUUGUUGUGACGCAUGAAAAUCGAUUGCGUAGCAGACGAAAACACCACACAAAAGUGCAAGUGCAACUACAAUAACAACGAAAAGCAUAAAAUAAGCGAAAUAAUUAAACAGAAUUACAACAAUUACCCAAAUAAUUAAUAGGCAGCUAAGUGCGCUUUUGGUGAAAGAGAUGGGCAUAUUUGGGCAAUCGUCGCCGUUUGACGCCGAUGUGGAAAAGGCCACGAGCGAGACGAAUACGAAUGAUAACUGGUCCUUUAUAAUGGAUGUAUGCGACAAGGUGACAACCAAUCCUCGUCUAGCCAAAGACUGCCUCAAGGCGGUGAUGCGGCGCAUGGGCCAUGCCGAUCCCCAUGUCGUCAUGCAGGCUAUUACAUUGCUGGAUGCGUGCGCCAACAACUGCGGCAAGCCGUUCCACCUGGAGGUGGCGUCCCGUGACUUUGAGACAGAGUUUAGGCGCCUGCUGACCAAAGCACAGCCCAAAGUCUCAUUGAAAAUGCGUCAAGUGCUGAAGAACUGGGCUGAGAAUGAUUUCAAGAAUGAUCCCGAACUAAAUCUGAUACCUUCGCUGUAUGCCAAGCUGCGCAGCGAGGGCUACGAUUUUAGCAAUCUGAACGAUAAAAGCAGCGCCAAGUCAGCAGCGGCCAAAGCGGCGGCCGCUACUUUGGCCAAGGAUCCAAAUGUAGUCAGCAGCCAGCAGGAAGAGGAUGAUAUAGCGAAAGCCAUAGAGCUGUCGCUCAAGGAAAACAAAAGCAGCCCCAAGCAGCAGCAACAAAGCGGUGCAGCAGCUGCUCCAACAACCAGCAGUGCCUAUCCCUCGUUAUAUCCCUCGUUUGGUAGCAGCUCUGCCCCCACGCAAAGCAACGGGAAUGGAAAUCCCAGCAGUGGCAGCGCCGCCGUCGCCUCAUCUCGCACUGUACGCGCCUUGUACGACUUUGAAGCAGCCGAGGAGAAUGAGCUGACCUUCUUUUCUGGAGAAAUCAUACACGUGCUGGAUGACAGCGAUGCCAAUUGGUGGAAGGGCUACAAUGAGCGCGGCGAGGGUCUCUUUCCCUCCAAUUUUGUCACUGCCGAUUUGUCUGUAGAUCCCGAACGCUUGGACAUCAAUCAGCAGCACAAAAACAAUGCCCAGAAACAGGCAGCCGUCGAGGAGGAGGAGGCGCUGCUGCAACAAAAGACUGAAGCGGCUGCCGCACAGCCCGUCGAAAUUGAUGAGGCCAAAAUUGAUCGUUUGCUGCAUCUAUUGCAUGAGGCCAAUCCCGAGGAUCCCUCGCAGGAUAGUGACGAAAUGUUGCGCUUGGAGCAGCAGGUUCAUCAAAUGGGACCGCUCAUUGAUGCCGAGCUGGAGCGUGUCGAUCGCAAGCAUGCACAGCUAACACAGCUCUCCAGUGAUCUGGUGGAUGCCAUUAAUCUAUAUCAUACGCUCAUGCGUGAUGAUCGUGCAGCUGCUGCACAGUUUGGCGGCGUCGCUGCAUAUAUGCCUGGGAGCUUUCCGGGAGCUGCGGUCUACGGCGCACCUGGUUAUCCCAGUGCUGCUGGCUUCCCGCCAGGCCAAACCUAUCCGGGCAUGCACUCAAUGCCGUACACACCGCCACAGCCUAAUAAUGCAGCUCCACCCACGACAACUACGGCUUAUCCGGGACAAGUGCCCAUGCCAUACCAAAACGGGCAUGCGCCGCAGUUAAAUUCUUUGCCGCCUCAUAUGUCCCAGUCGCCUGCAGUUGCUGUGGCUCCGCAGCCAUCCCAUCCAAGUCACCCACAGCCCAUCUACAAUGCCCAGCCCACUCCAGUCACCACUCAGCAGCAGCAGCAACCAACGCCUUCUAAUUAUCACAUGCCAAUGCCUGUUGAGCAGCAGCAGCAGCAGCAGAUGCCGCCCUCGACGCUUCCGCCGCAAUUUGCUGCCGCACCACCACCAGCCACACAAAUUCAGCAACAUCAACCACCGCCACAUGCCUACAUGUCGCCACAGCAUCAACAGCCACAUCCACAGCAGCAACAGACGGCGCCACCGCAGGCCUAUUUACCGGCGGGCGCUACAGCGCAGCCGCCACAGUUCUUUGCACCAAACGGAGCUCCACCAGUUACACAGAGCUACAUGGUGCCACAGCAACAGCAACAAGCGCAACAUCCCCAACAGCAGCCACCACAACAGCAGCAACAACACAAUCACAACGAUCAUUUCAGUCAGCUACAUCAGCAAAUGGCCGCCAUGUCGAUGGCGCAUCUUGGUGGCAUGCCACCAGCCGCAACAGCAGCGGCGCCAGCGUAUCAUAUGCAAAACGAUGCCGUCAAGAAUAACAUUCCUAUCUAUCAGCAGCAGCGGUAAAACCGUUAACUAAUAAGCCCGCUGUCGUUUCCUUUACUUGGUUUUGAUUAAUUUGCCAACAAGUCUUUGUUUUCCAAUUCUAUUCUAAUAUAAACCCCAUUGCAAACUUG